AGAGAGAAAUAGAGAGGGUUAGAAAUAAAGUAAUGGAUGAUUAAUAUAGGUCGUGAGAUUUUUUUUAAAACUCGUGUCUUCCCCCUACUGACCCUCGCUAGCAGCAGUAUCGCUAGCACCUGUCCUUAUCUGUAUCUCAUUAGAUUCAUAUGGAUUCGAACCUUUUAUCUUAAAUAUACGAUCCACAAAGGGGCAUGGUCCCAUCGAUUCGAUCAAAAAUAACCGUUAGCCGAUCUUAUGGAUCUAAUUUGUUUUCUUUCGAUUAUUCUUCCUUAUUUUCACUCUUCAUAUUAAAAAAAAAAUCACUUGACGAAUAUGUGUAAUGGAUUCAAUCGUGUAUUGACUCGAUAUCAAGGGGGCCUCACAGCUACAGCCGUUCAGUUUCACAGCUGUUAAGAGGAAAAAAAAGGAGUCGCACAGUAGUGGGAGUGAGGCUUCUGGAAGUCGGUGGUUGUAUGUUUAUUUCUUUUUGAUUUCAUCUCUUGGACUAGUGUCACUGGAUGCUAAGUACGCCAGGAGUCUACCACACUUCCCAAAAAGCCUUGUGUCUUAAAUAUUAGUUCCGCAGUGUACAUCGAGUGAGCAAUACGAACUAACGUUAUUCUGGAUUGCUUCUUAUUCUGUUUUGGUGCUUAUAUUGUGUUAUUUUUUAUACAUAUAGUAACAGAUCCAUCUAGUAUUUUAAAUAAACUCAGGAUAUCGGAUUAGAUUUCGUUUCAUACGUUUUAUUGGGAGUCCAGUUUUACCUGCUAAAAAGGUUUCCAAUGAGAGUAUUACACUAGUCAAGUGGUGGCCACAGAGCGGUCAGCCCACGUGUGGCACGCUUGACUGGAACCGAUUGUUAGGUAUACUGAAGGACAGCCUAUGGUACGAUCCAAGUUGUACCAAUCUGAAUGAGUCCUUCCAACUCCGCUGGUGCUGGUCUCUUCGGUCAAGCGGAUAUAAUGUGUGUGAUUGGUGAUAAGUGGCCACGUGAUCCGUAGGAUGAGCGCGGCCACUGCAGUGCGCCGAUCGGUGCCUUCCUCCAACUCUGAUAUUAGGAUGAGGAAUAACUCCAGGGGCGCCGACCACACCUCCGAGUCGUCCAACUCCCAGGCGCAUGCUACGCCACCCUCAUCCCCUGUCCACGAGAGCGCAAGGCCGUCCAGAGGCUGCUGCUUUUGCUGCUUGGCAGUAAAAAGCAGCAAUGGCGGUGCAGACAAGUCCAGGGACAAUAAACUCACAACUAUGCCAGAGAAAGACGAGCCACCUACGCUAGAAGAGUUAAAGUUAUGGGGUGAAUCUUUUGAGAAACUAAUGAAGUGUUCAGGAGGACGGAAGUUAUUUCGGGAAUUCCUCAGGUCGGAGUACAGUGAAGAGAACAUGUUGUUUUAUUUGGCAUGUGAGGACCUCAAGAAGGAGGAUAACCCCGAGCUUAUAGAGGAAAAGGCCAGGCUAAUAUAUGAGGAUUAUAUAUCUAUACUCUCGCCUAAAGAGGUUAGUUUAGAUUCUCGAGUCCGAGAAGUUAUAAAUAGAAACAUGGUUGAACCCACACCGCACACAUUUGACGAAGCACAACUCCAAAUAUGGACAUUAAUGCAUCGAGAUUCCUACCCACGGUUCCUCAACUCACAGGUGUACAAACGACUUUUGCAGCAAUUGUCAUGAGAGGAUGAACACUCAACAAGUGCACUCAACUGUUCUUGAAAUUAACCAGUGUAUAUUUUCUUUUCAAUUUUUUCAGAAGUGUAAUCUCAUUUAAAUCUAUCAAAUUCUGGGGAAUACAUCAGCACGAGCAGGAUCAAAUGUUGCCAAGCUAUCGUCUGACGUCUUCUGCUUUCAAGAAGCACUUUCUGACUUCAGAGGGAGACAAAAAAAAAGUUUUCGAAAAAAAAAAAUGAAAUGGGCUUAUUUCAUUCCGAUUAUGGUGAAUGGAUAGUUGGAUACUCGUGAUUAUUUCAUACAUGCAGUUAUAAAGUGAUGAUCCGGCAGUGUGUGAAGUAUCAUUACAUCAUUCAGAUUGACUAGAAGCCACUCAUCCUUUCAUAUUUGAUGCAUUUGUUUAAUAAUAUUUUUUUUUUACUAACUAGUCAAAACUGUUACCAUGGUGAUCACUUGGACAAACACAAGCCUGAAUGUAAAUACUAAGAAGAGCACAUUAACAUUUUUGUAAAGAUUAAAAGGCAUUUGAAUACAUUGAUACCUUUUUUAGAAUCAUAUCAUGUAUGGGCCCUAAUAUAAAUCUUUUUUUUUUUGUGUUAGAUUUUUUUGGUUCCAUCUUUGUGGCUUUGUGUUUUAAUUAUUUUUUCGUAUUGUGUCAUUAAAAAUAAACUGAUAUGUUUUGAUUACUUUUAAAAAGAUAACCUUUAGACCUAGAUCAAUACCUAGAUCAGUUUUAACAAGUAUACAGAGUGACAGUAUUAUAUACUAGGCCUAAACUUUUUUUGUACAAAAAUCAAACAUAACCUAGAUCUUUGAAAAAUAAAUUUAAUUUUUCAUAAGCUUAUAGCACAUAGUUUAAGAAAAUAUGAUAUCUUGUCGAUAUUAUUUUAAAUGACGUUUUUUUUUACUACCCAUGAUCAGCAUUCAGCUGUCAUGAUUCGUGAUAUCCCAUAAUUCUCUGUACAUUUUGUUCCCUUUCUACAUAAACUACUGUUCAGGCUCGGUGAAAUUGUAACUUUAUAUUUUGUGUCCACUCCAAUCCUUGCUCAUGUUGAGCUCAAGGUGAUAGAUAAUAUUUAUUUUGCAUACAUAUUUUACUUUAAAGUGGUAAAAGAAUGUAACCCAUAUAAAUAUUAUUCUUAUUUUUAUUCUGACCAAAUUACCACUAAGUUACCACUGAUAAGAUACCACUGAUAUUCAUCUUAACCGAUUAAGCCCUUUAAAAAAAAAUAUAAGGCUCAAUUACAUAGAAUUUAAUGAGCAGUAACUAAUUGUUAUUAUCUUUCCCAAUACCUUGAUCUCUUCCUGAUAAAUAGCUUAGUAAAUUAAAGUUGGAAAUAUAAAAGUAAUUUGUCUUUAUUUUCUAGUUCUGAAAAAGCUCCAACACCAUCUCCUUAGCCUAGCCCAGGUCUGUUGAUGGUUGUACCUUUUAUUUUGACUAGUAAGUUUAAUAUUUCAUCCAUGUCAUGAUUUAACUUAAUUCAUUCAAUAUGGGUUAAAUUGAUUGUUUGUAUAUAUUUAAAAAGUUGUGUGGACAGGUAGGAUACUAUGAAUGUACAAGACCUCUAAGUGUGUCGUGAUGUAGUGGAAAUAAAUUCAUGAACUAAAUAUUAUUUUUAUGUCCUCCAUAAAUCUUAUAAAUACCAUUAUACAUGAACCUUUUUAUCAAGACAAUAUUUAUUAACCUGGUCAGAUUAGUUCAAUUUGAGUUUUUAUAUUUAUAUUUCUUGCAAACUGUAUUGGUAUUAAUGCAAUCCUACUGGUAUUUCAAAUCUUCUCUGUUCUAAAAAAAAUUUUCAUAACUUCACCACCUUGUAACUAUUACUGAUUCAUAAAUGAAAUGAAACGCAAACAAAAUGGGAGGAGGAUACUCUGUAACAGAGAGAAUUCUAAUUAGCCAGUUCUCUAUGAAGACCAAAAUAAUUUGUUGAACAAUCAGCUGUGUUGAUCUGGUAGUAUGCCCACUGGAUUAAAGAAAAAGGCCAAAUUUAGUAGAAAUGAAACUUUUAUCGGUGUAAGAAUAAGAAAUAUAAGUUCUGUGGGAUUUUGUGUGUGUUUGUUCAAUCCAGAAAUGUUUUAUUACGAAGUAGAGAGUAUGAGUACAGGUCUUACUACAGGGUAUCUCUUACACAGUCUUGUCUGUAGGU